GUUAAAUAUACCCAGCAUCGUGGAAGCUGACCAAUUUCAGAAGUAAAGGAAUGGCUGCUGUUCUUUAUGAGCCCCCAGAGCUCAUAUUCGGCACUCUUUACCCUGCGUAUUAUUCCUAUAAGGCUGUAAAAUCAAAGGAUAUUAAGGAAUAUGUCAAAUGGAUGAUGUAUUGGAUCAUAUUUGCACUCUUCACGACGGCAGAGACAUUCACCGACAUCUUUCUUUGCUGGUUUCCAUUCUACUAUGAACUGAAAAUAGCUUUUGUAGCCUGGCUGCUGUCUCCAUACACGAAGGGCUCCAGCCUUCUGUACAGAAAGUUUGUACACCCCACCCUGUCCUCAAAAGAAAAGGAAAUCGAUGACUGCCUUGUCCAAGCAAAAGACCGCAGCUACGAUGCCCUUGUGCACUUCGGGAAGCGGGGGUUGAAUGUUGCGGCCACGGCAGCGGUGAUGGCAGCUUCCAAGGUGUCUCAGCUUCUUCAUUUACUCUUGUAUUUGGACCAGAAAGAAGGGCAGUGCAAGGGUAACAGCAUGGUUGUCACCAACGGGGGGCAGGGAGCCCUUUCUGAGAGACUGAGGAGCUUUAGUAUGCAGGAUCUCUCCACUAUUCGUGGGGACAGCAGCAGCACUGUUCCUCCUCCCUCAGUCACUGUACGGACAAGCAGCAAACAGAGUCAGCCCAAGCCAUCCAGGAGUGCGUCGGAAAGCACUGGCAGCUCAGUUUGCUCGUGUUGUUCCAUGUGCCGAAUCCUCAGAGUGGUUGAGGUAGACGUGGACGCUGAGUAUGAAAUGCCAUGUGAGGCAAACUGCGAAACAAAAGGCUUAGUGUUCUCUGAUGAUGAGGAGAACGAUUUAUGGGAUUGCACAUUCAAGAUUAAAAGGCCCAAAAGGAAGGAUCAACCUCUUGAGGCACCGCCUAGGAUCCUUAGACCUCGCUUCAGGAAGAAAAGUACCUCGUCCUCUACCACUGAAACAAUGUGAGUGCGAUGAGCCAAUAGCACCAAGAUCCACAGAAUGUCUCUCUUCUGCCUUAAAGAGCUACUCGUUAAUACCGUGGAAAACAGCAGCGAGAUGGGUGUGCUUUGCCGUGCAGCGCUGUAGACAUGGCCUUUCUCCCUUCUCUUUUCUUUCCCUUAAGUCACAUGCUGCUUGCAUUUACCUGCCUCAUGGUUAGAACAAUUAGGCAGCCACUGUGUAGGUCCCUCUGUUUCAUUUGCAGAACAUGAAACUACUUAAGCUAACUCUGUAAGGCCGUACAUUUAUCCUUCUGAGUUGUGUUUGCAUAGUUUUAGCUCUGGGAAUGCAAAGGAAAAAAAUACUCAAUUGCACUUGAUGCUAUUAUGGCUAAUGUAUUUAUUUAUGGCUUUACCAUUCAUGAGUUGGACUUGCAAGAGCCACAGCGUUUUCUUUCUUCCCUUCCUCCACAAGACUGCGAACGAUGUCAGAAAUGCUGAAUUCUUUUGACUGUACAGAAUGUCCGAGACUCAUUAGCAAAGCCUGAGCUGCAACUCCAUUUCUUUUCUAGCAAGUAAAUUACGUGCGCUCCAGUCAAGUCAUUGUGCUAAUGCCGUAGAGACACAAGGACUUAGAGAUGAUGAAGAGAUGCAUGCAAGCAAAUGGAACUGAUUUCACAAGCCAGAGACAGAGGCGUCUUCUUUGUGAUAAAUCUGAGCCAGAAGAAAAGAAAGGGAUAUCUUGCGUGGAAACUGAAGGAGGCUAAAAUUCUGUUGUAGAGCUCUUGGCAAAUCUUUGGCUAGCAGUUGUACGAUCCCUGCAAGCUGUGUUUGUUAUAACUGCUGCAGUGUAAACCAGAAUUGCUUUAGUGAUGGAUUUUCAUAGGGGCAAAAUUCACCCCUCUCGCCAGCAUGCCUGACCUCAGUUCUGGUGUUCUGCUUUGCCAACCUGAAUGUGGGGGUUUCCAUCCCUAGGCAGAGCAGAGCCUUGGAUCUGAGCUUCCCUGCGUGAGUUGGGGAAGAUUUUGCCUUUUGCAUGGAUUCUGGUUUGAAGUGCAAGAGUCUGUAGUAUCCGCAUUUAAAUGAUAAAUAUAUAAGAAGGGGAAAACAUUGUAGGAUUUGUGUAUUUGUGCUUAAAGUGGGUGUCUCCUGUGAGUGUAAAGCAUGUGAAAUUCACCAAUAAGUCAAUUAUGUGACUUUUGUGUUUGCUCUUGGACUAGACUAGAAAAACAUUUAGUAUCAUGUAGAACUCACCAUCGAUAAUUGAUCAGUGAACAAACUCAGUUAAGACUAGUAUCAUCGACCCUAGUUCAGGUUCAGAAUUAGUUCAGGAUGCCAAUAACUGGUUGGUGUGAAGAGAGAGAGAAGUAUAUCUGAGGUGGCCUUUUGAAAUUCUCUGUCAGACAUGCAUUCAUGUUCUAGGCUUCUAACUCAGCUUAGGGUAAUGCAAGAGGUUCCUUGAAUAUUUGGGAAAUAAAGAAUAAAAAUGCCUGCACCCAAAUGUGUACAUCAUACUGGCCAGGAAGUAGAAAGGACAAAAGGGCAUUUUCUGUGACUGUCAUCAUAAGACCAGCUACCUGAAAAACAUAUUUUCCUUACCUGCACUGAGUUGUUCAUGCUCUGUAAAGGAUUUGUGCUCAAAAAAAGGCAUUAAACAUAUAUUUGAGAAAGGAGUCAGUCAUGAGAACCUGCUGGGCAAGAUGCUGUGAGGAGCUUGGCUUGCAUAUUUAAUUUAAGCAGCUUUCAUGGGCAAUUAGAUUUUUUUUUGGCCAGAUUUAGAAAAUAAGAGACAGUGCCUGCAAUGUUAGCAGAAACAAGAGUUCCUGUUGCAAACUAGCUUCCAUUUUUGCUACUAUGCAAGAGGGUGCCAUAAGAUAAAAGGACAAGUUUGCACUCAAUUAUGCCAAAAAGAAAAGAAUCAAGCCACACGAUGCUGGACAGACUCUGCUCUCAGAUAGGCUGUAUUCAUGCUCAUUCUUGCUCCGAUUAUUACAUGUGCGUCUGAUCUGCUGUUUUACUGUAAACUUGACUGUUUAGAUUUUCUUCUCUUAAGUGCUGAGGUGAAAUUGUUGACAAGGGAGUUGCCUUAUCUCUCGAAGACAUUCACUGUAUAAAAAAACCUUUUCAUAUCUCUGGCAAAAAUGUGUUAAUUUAUCAAAUCAAGCUGUAUAUUUGUGUAUAGACAGGGAAUGCGAAUGCCCAUACAUGUAUGCUUAGAGGUAUAGUGUUCUGUACACAGAAUAGACAGACCAUUUGCCUCGAGUUGAUCAUGUUACCGACACAGGUUGUUUACAAGCUACACCUCUAAAAUUGUCAUUUUAAUUUAUGAGAGAGGAAUACCAGAAACCGACUCUGUGGUCCAAAAUGUUCUCUAAAGCUGUCUCCCCUCAGGAACAACCCUGAAUCAGCAACUGAAACCACAUGAGGUCUAGUGCUCCCCCCUACUGGUAGAUAAGGGCAAAUCAUGGUUUUGCAGCCACUGAGCUAAUCAGGGUGCUCAGACAAAAGUUAAGGAGAAAGUGUGAUUCUUAAUUAGCUCAGACUGUGGGAUAGUGGGUUUAAGUAACAGCUUGUAGCUCCCUUUGGUUCCUAUACAAGUCAGCAUGACCACACUCAGUGGAUCACUGGCUACUCCAAAAGGCAUCCUAGGGCCCAGGGGAAAGAAUCCAGUGUAUAAGGGGUCUCAAGCAGAUGUGCAGUCUAAUCAUGCAAGAAACAGAGAGGUGCCCUUAAAAUCCUACGCAGGUGGCCUAGGGAAUGUGACCCUCCUGGAAGGAAUAGCUAGGCCCCUGAAAACAAACCCCUGGGCCAGGGGGGAAGGAUGUGAUUGCUAGCUGGAGCUUGGGCUGCUUUGAAGAGACUGAAGCUCUGACAAAAGGAACUGAAAUCUCAUGUCUAGUUUUCUGUACUGCAUGGGUGGGUGAGUUGAGCCAUCAGCUUACCCAGGGACACCUCACUUAGGAAUGGGGUAACUAUGAGCACAGCUCAGAGCAACCCCCUUGGUCUCCACUCAUGAGUCAGCACCGAUGCAGCUAUAAUGACUGCUGGUUGCCAGGAUUAUUCCCACCUCUGGGCAAGACCCCAUUUAUACCAAUAUAAACUGGGAGUAACCAAAGCCAAGAGUAACCUGAGUGCAAGUCUAAUACACCAGAGCAGAGAAUCAAUCAGGCCAUUUGUUUCUAAUGACCAGGAAGGAAUGAGCUUGCUGAUGAAAAACAAGGGAAGAAAGCUAAAUAGCAAGAUGUGACUACCCCUAGCGUCUUAUAAACAACCUGUUGUCUCUGACUAUGCCCCGUGGAAUAAGCGUGUUCUCAUGCAGUAACAAACCCUUUAUCUGUGCAGAAAUGUUUGUUAAUCAGUCUCCUUCUGCUGUUUAUUCAUUUCAGGUACCUGUCUGGCACCUAGCACAGUAUUUGAGAUUGUAAAGAACACUAUGCGUACUCUUGAGGUUUGCAUUUAAACAAAUGGCUACUACUUAAGGAUCAUAAGUAUGCACUUCAUGUUGUUUCUUUUUGUGAUCA